AUGAAUCAGAUUGCAGGUAAUUUGGCAACUGGAAGAAACGUCACACAGUCGUCAACCAAUGGCAGCUGGAUCAGUGAACAGGCCAUUGAUUUCAAUCCAGGAAUCAUAAAACAGUCGUCAGCAUGUUCCUCAACCAAUGCUCAGACUAACCCCUGGUGGAGGGUGGAUCUGAGUUAUAUUUACAGAGUAAGUAGCGUCGUAAUCACAAACAGACUAGACUGCUGUCCAGAACGAAUAAACGGAGCUGAGAUUCGCAUCGGAAACUCUCUGGAGAACAACACCAACAACAAUCCCAUAUGCGCUGUGAUUUCUAGCAUUCCAGCUGGUGUUUCCUCCACCUACAUUUGUAACAAUAUGGAGGGUCGAUACGUGAAUCUGAUCAUUCCUGGAGAUUCAAGGGUUCUUACUCUGUGUGAGGUGGAGGUCUAUGGAGAAGGUCCUUUACUGAAGAGAACUUUCCUGAAGUUGAAACUGAAGUCCAGUUGGAGUCUGUCUGAUCCUGCGGUGAGAGUCCAGCUCCUGUCACAGCUCCAGUCUGUUUUGGUGGAACGAGGGUUUUCUGACGUGACGCUGCAAUGGUCUCAACCGCCAGAACAGGAAGUGAUGCGGAAGGAAGCUGCACCAGGUGUGUGUUCAGACAAACACUGGAAAACUGAAAAGGAAUGUUGA